GACCCGGAAGCGGCCGUACUCCUUGGGGGAAGAUGGCGCCCUCGGGGCUGAAGGCGGUGGUGGGGGAAAAAAUUCUAAGCGGUGUCAUCCGGAGCGUUAAGAAGGAUGGCGAGUGGAAGGUGCUCAUCAUGGAUCACCCAAGCAUGCGGAUCUUGUCAUCCUGUUGUAAAAUGUCCGACAUCCUGGCGGAAGGCAUCACCAUUGUGGAGGACAUCAACAAACGGCGAGAACCCAUCCCCAGUUUGGAGGCCAUUUAUUUGCUGAGCCCCACGGAGAAGUCGGUCCAGGCCCUGAUUGCAGACUUCCGGGGGACACCAACCUUCACCUACAAAGCUGCCCAUGUCUUCUUCACUGACACAUGCCCCGAGCCCUUGUUCAGUGAACUGGGCCGCUCUCGCCUGGCGAAGGUGGUGAAGACACUGAAAGAGAUCCACCUUGCCUUUCUUCCCUACGAGGCCCAGGUGUUCUCUCUGGAUGCCCCACACAGCACCUACAACCUUUACUGCCCAUUCCGGGCAGGGGAGCGGGCACGGCAGCUCGACGCGUUGGCCCAGCAGAUAGCCACACUAUGUGCCACCCUUCAGGAAUACCCAUCCAUUCGCUACCGCAAGGGUCCAGAAGACACAGCCCAGCUGGCCCAUGCUGUCCUGGCCAAGCUGAAUGCCUUCAAGGCAGACACUCCCAAUCUGGGCGAGGGCCCAGAGAAAACACGCUCACAGCUGCUCAUAAUGGACCGGGCAGCAGACCCCGUGUCUCCCCUGUUACAUGAGCUCACAUUCCAAGCCAUGGCCUACGAUCUUCUGGACAUUGAACAGGACACAUACAGGUAUGAAACCACAGGACUGAGUGAGUCCCGGGAGAAGGCUGUACUCCUGGAUGAAGAUGACGAUCUGUGGGUGGAGCUUCGACACAUGCACAUAGCAGAUGUUUCCAAGUGA